AUGGAAACGGAAACGGGAACCUGGUUUUCUUUGAGGGAAGUAACCUGGCGUUCAACUUGGAGGAUCUUUUUAGGGCUUCUGCAGAGGUUCUGGGGGAAGGGUACUUUCGGUACAACUUAUAAAGCAGCAUUGGAGGAUUCAAAUGCGGUUGUGGUGAAGAGAUUAAAAGACGUGUAUGUAACAAAACGGGAAUUUGAGCAACAAAUGGAGAUUGUUGGAAGCAUACGACAUGAGAAUGUGGUUCCUUUAAGAGCUUAUUACUACUCCAAAGAUGAAAAGUUAAUGGUGUAUGACUACUUCAAUGAAGGGAGCGUUUCUUCGAUGUUACAUGCAAAAAUAGGACAUAAUACGAAUCCCUUAGAUUGGGAAAGCCGAUUAAAAAUAGCAGUGGGAGUAGCAAAAGGAAUAACUCACAUCCACACACAAUCCGGAGGAAAGCUUGUUCAUGGAAACAUAAAAUCCUCCAACACCUUCCUCAACCGCCACCGCCACGGUUGUAUCUCUGAAAUGGGCCUGGCGGGAGUGACGACUCCGGCGGCGGUGAGGGGCGGUGGCUACCAAGCACCGGAAACAAUGACCGCCAAGAAAAUCUACCAAGCAUCAGACGUCUACUCUUUUGGGGUUUUACUACUUGAGCUUCUCACUGGAAAGUCACCGGCUAAUGCAACGUGUGGGAAUGAGGUGGUGCACUUGGUGAGAUGGGUGCACUCAGUGGUUCAGGAGGAAUGGACAGCUGAGGUUUUUGAUGUGGAGCUUUUGAAGUACCCCAAUAUAGAAGAGGAGAUGGUUGAGAUGUUGCAGAUAGCCAUGCAAUGUGUUGGGAAGUCGCCCGAGCAGAGGCCGAAAAUGGCGGAGGUGGUGAAAUUAGUGGAGAACAUUCGAAUCACUGCUGUAUCUACCGUAAUAUAACAACAGCCUUUUAUUGUUUACAAUCGAAAUUUAUAUCAAUAAGGAAUUUGGUGCAUAACAUGUUAAGAGGCGUUUUGUUUGGUUCUUGGAAUGUUUUUAUAAGGAAUGUAAUAUGUUAUAGGAAUCAUAAUAUGUUGUUACGUGUUUGGUUGAGC